AUGUCUCGCGAAGCCUACCAGGUCCCCACAGGCCAGGGUUCCAACCCUGCCGCAACCGGCAAGUCCUUUGACGCCUAUGGCGGUGGCAGCAGCAGUGAGGUCGGCCCUCAGAUGCAAUACCUCUGCGGUGACUGCGGCCUCAAGUUCCAGAUGCGCCGCGGCGACGCCAUUCGAUGCAAAGAGUGCGGCUGCCGCAUUUUGUACAAGGAGCGCACCAAGCGCAUGGUUCAGUUUGAGGCGAGGUGA